AUGAUUGACCUCAGCGACACAGAAUCGUCUCCACCAGAUUAUUCUUCGUUGUUUGAUAGUAACAAUGAUUUACCAGCCAUAAUUAAUAACAAUAACAACAAUACCAUUUCACCCACAUCGCCACACAAUCAAAAAAUUUUUUUCACUUAUCCAGCCACCCAAACAUCGUUUCAAAAAGGUUUCCUAGGAGUGGAAGAUGCUUCUAUUUGUGGCACACUUCAUCUUCGAUACUCGCGUAUACGACCUUUACUCGCCACGAAAAUAAUGCUUACGUUUACCGGCAAAUUGAAAAUAGUACUGGAAAAAAGUUACGUAGGUUUCAGAACAAAUGAUUUGAUGAAUAAGAAAAUUUUUAAAGAUCAAACUAUAUAUUCCAAAACACUUGAUCUUUGGUCGUCGGCAACUUAUGAAUCAGAAUUUCAAGCAAUCAAUUGUCUGGAUUUACCGUUUCAAUUUGACUUGCCUGCCUAUUUAGAAUCAACAAUCUCAUUAAAACCUGAAAAUCAGUGCUACGCUCGUAUUUAUUAUACGCUGAAAGCGACAGUUCAUCAAAAACCAGAUAUUCGGAGACUACUAAGAAAAACAAAGAUUUUAAAAGUCAAUUGCUUACUUGAUCGAUACUCUACACCCUGGCAAAUCAAUAAUUCUGAAUUCUGCCUCUCAUCAUAUGAUGACGAGAAAGCAAUCUCACGUGGUAUAGGCUACAACCUCUCACUAGCUCAACGAACAAUAUUACUAAAUAGUAGAUUAAACGUGACAUUAAAUCUGAUUUUUCACGACGCGCGAAUAAAUCUUAAGAAAAUUUUAUGCAUUUUGGAGGAAAGAUAUGUUAUUUGCGUCGACGAUAUUACGAGCAAAAUAAAGAAAAGCGAGGUGACGCGUGCAUGUGUCAAAGGUGUUGCGAUUGCUAUUUUACCAGGACCUAAGAAUGAAUCUUGUGUACAAAUUUCUGUGGAGGUUCCCGGAAAAGAUAAGGUUUUUUGUUCGAUGAAGUCAUCCGGUGUCCGAAUUAGGCACUUUCUGAAGUUGCUUUUGAGGUUGGGAAAUGCGGAAGAUAUUGAGCUAGAAACUGAAAUUACGAUUAUAAAUCCUGCUACUAAUAUUAAUGCGAUGAUUGAAGAACAACUGCCGGGUUAUUAA